ACCCCACUCCCCUCCCAGAGCUGGAGGGAGAACCCAGGAGCCCUGGCUCCCAGCUCUGGGGUCUUUGCUGCCUGCAUGAUGCCUGGGACUUGCUGGCCCCCUGAAAUGACAAUGUGGAGGGGCAGCCACUGAGUCACGCUGCCAGGGACAGGUUACGUGGGCCCCCUGUUGCAUGAAGCAGGGUGAGCAGCACCUCCCCGGAUGCAAAGCGCUGUGCACGAGGCUCCCCGGUCACUCAGCUGCUCCUCCCAGCCCUGCAGGACCCCGGGGCCGUGCAUUGGGACCCCCGGGGCGUGGCGAAGUCUGACCGGAGCCCCCGGGAAGUAGGUGGAGCAGGAACGCCCGGGCUCCCCCACCCCUGGUGCCGUGCAGCAUGGUCCUGCGGGAGUCUCCGUUCCCGAACCGGCUCCUGAGCGGCCUGUACAACCUGGGCCAGUACCUGCUGUUCCCCAGCUACUGGGCCGCUGACUGCCUCCUCGACCUCAGGGAGACCACGGCGGAGCGGCAGCAGUGUCGGUGCUGCCCCUGCUGCCCACUGCGGGCACUGGUCACCGGCCCCUUGCUGCUGCUGCUCCUUGUCCUCUCCAUGCCCGGCGCCCUCCUGGGCCUGCUGCUGUGGAUCCCCUUGCAGGCUGCCCGCAGGCCCUUCGCCUACAAACACAACAUGCUCUCGCGCCACCCAGAGGUGUGGGAGCUGCCGGGCACAGGCAAGGUCUUCAGCUUCGUCAGCGCCAACGUGUGCCUCUUGCCCAACGGCCUGGCCAAGUUCAGCAACCUGGGACAGAUGAAGCAGCGGGUGGCCCGCAUCGGCCAGCGCCUCACGCAGGGGGAGGCCAGCGCCAGCUUCGCCAGCCCCAGGAGCAGCCAGUUUCUGCUGCCCACCAAGUACGGGGCCACCAUGGCCAGCCCACCGAGACCGGAGAGCCGUACCCACCGCCCUGGCGCCAGCGUGGUGAUUGAGGUCCCUGACGGGGAGGGAGAGGCUGGGCCCGGGGAGAUCUCGGUGCCCUUCCCACCAGACGUGGACUUCGUGUGCCUGCAGGAGGUGUUUGACCAGAGGGCAGGCACCCGCCUGUGCCAGCUGCUGAGCCCCUUCUACGAGCACAUCGUGUACGACGUGGGCGCCUACGGGCUUCAGGGCUGUUGUACUCUCAAGGUGUUCGGCAGCGGGCUCUUCCUGGCCAGCCGCUAUCCCAUGCUGGCUGCCCAGUACCGCUGCUACCCCAAGUGCUCGGGCGAGGACGCGCUGUCUGCCAAGGGGCUGCUGUCCGUGCAGGUGCAGCUGGGGGCAGCACACGGGCAGCGGAUUGUGGGCUAUCUGAACUGCACACACCUGCACGCUCCAGCCGCCGAUGCACAGAUCCGCUGCGACCAGCUCACCCAGGGGCUCUUCUGGGCACAGCUGUUCCAGGACACCCACACGCAGCGUGGGGACAUCGUCGCCUUCGACGUGUUCUGCGGAGACUUCAACUUCGACAACUGCUCCUCAGGGGAUGAGUUGGAGCAGACUCAUGAGAUCUUCCGCCAGUACCAAGACCCAUGCCGAGUGGGGCCCAGGCAGGACUGGCCCUGGGCCAUAGGCACCCUGCUGAACUAUCUGCAUAUCCAGGAGGAGGCCGUGUCGACCCCAGAGAAGCUGAAAAG